AUGUCUACUGAGCCAUUCAAGAACGUUUCUUUAAUUGCACAAAGCAACCAAUUAUUGGGUUUGUACACUAUAAUCAGAGAUAAAAAUACAUCUAGACCAGAUUUUAUUUUUUACUCUGACAGAAUUAUCAGAUUAUUGGUUGAAGAAGGUCUAAAUCAUUUGCCAGUUAAGGAAACAAUCGUUGAAACUGAGACUAAUGAAAAGUUUGACGGUGUUUCCUUCAUGGGUAAGAUCUGUGGUGUUUCAAUUGUCAGAGCCGGUGAAUCAAUGGAACAAGGUCUAAGAGACUGUUGCAGAUCAGUCCGUAUUGGUAAGAUUUUGAUUCAAAGAGAUGAAGAAACUGCCUUACCAAAAUUAUUCUAUGAAAAGUUACCUGAUGACAUUUCAGAAAGAUAUGUCUUCUUGUUGGAUCCAAUGUUGGCAACCGGUGGUAGUGCUAUCAUGGCUACCGAUGUGUUGAUCAAACGUGGUGUCAAGCCAGAAAGAAUAUUCUUCCUAAAUUUGAUCUGUAGCAAAGAAGGUAUUGACAAAUAUCACGCAGCUUUCCCAGAUGUCAGAAUUGUUACUGGUGCUGUUGAUAAAGGUUUGGACGAAAACAAAUACCUAAUUCCAGGUUUAGGUGACUUCGGUGAUAGAUACUACUGUAUUUAA